GAUAACGUUCAAGUGUUCAGUCCAAUUCAACUACUCACGGUAUAUAGACGCGUUAUAAAAUGGCGGAAACUGACGCCGUUAGUUUUUGGGAUGAACUGACUAGUCCCAUCAAUUUAGUCCUGGUGUUUUUUAUUUUGUACCUUGUUUAUAAGAUUGUAAAGUCGCAUUUUGAAAGUGUCGAACCCGCGGCGCCUCCUCCGCCGCCGAUGCCUAAACUCAGGAAGGAUAUGACGGUUGCAGAAUUGAAAAAGUACGACGGAACUGAUGCGGAAGGAAGGGUGUUACUUGCUGUCAAUGGUAUCAUAUUCGAUGUGACGAGAGGGAAGAGGUUCUAUGGACCGGGAGGUCCGUAUUCAGCGUUUGCGGGCAAAGACGCCACGCGAGGGCUCGCUACAGGACAAGUAGCCGCUUCAGACACUGAGUACGAUGACGUCAGCGAUCUCAGUCCAGAUGAAGUUGCGUCGGCCAAAGAAUGGGAAGACCAAUUUAAAGAAAAAUACGACAUCGUGGGUAAACUUCUGAAGCCUGGUGAAACUCCAACCGUGUACAGUGAAGAGGAAAGCGAAGAUAAGAAAUCGCAGUAAAUAUUAGAAAAAUUUACAAUAUUGUGAUAUUUUACUAAAGUAAGUUUGUUGGGUUAUGUUAAGUAUUUUAAAAUAGAUAAUAUAGAAAUGUUUUACAAAUGUAAGCUAUUAAAUUUUAAUACACAUA